GCGAUCUUAUGGCAGCUGCUACUCAUCAUUACUCAUCAGCUACAUGGAUUCAGUAUCAAAGACACGGUUUUGAUGCCACUCUGAGGCAGCGGGUUCCACCUGUUUCGUACCGAUUUGGUAUCAGGCGCAGGAGCCGGGGGAGUGCUUUGGUACCGAGGGAGCUCCCUCCGGCGACAUCAACUCAGCACUGGCUACUACAUUUCUGCAGCAAUGAUUCACAGAAAAACCAAAGCGAUCGCUGCGGGACGGCGCGAUAACAAUCGCUUUCUUUGUACGGUAGUAAGAUACGGACCGGCGGUGGGAGUCGUGAUUUUCUCCUUGCUGUCCCUCUGGGCUGUAAUUGCUAUAUACAGGACUAUGACCGGUGAGAAGAAGAACAAGAAAUACGCGUCGGAGAGGAAAGAAAUCUCAACUGAAAGACACGCCCCAUGUGACAGUAAAUUAACAGAGAACUCCGUGGACUGCAGAGAAGACGUAUGGCUGCCCGCUGAACUGCAGAACCUGUGUCCUUGUGCCACAACAAUAGAUGAGCUAAACCAAUGUUUUGAGUCAGGCUUGGGAAAGGACCAGGGAGAAAAUCCCGCUCAACUUCAUGCAAGCAAUCAAGCUGAAACUCCACCUGCACACAGUGACGUCAGCAGUUACAUCAUACCAAAAUUCUGCAUGGUUGGCCAACAAGAACUCAGCUGCAGCGGUAAUGAUAACUAUCACAAUGACCGGCCUGACCUCUCAGGACAGCUGACUGGUGGUUAUCAUGCUGAUACGAAGACUGACAGUACCAUUGAAGAGAUUGGAAUGGCUAUAGGAACCUUGGUGUCUGGCUGCGAUAUACAGGUACAAGACAACCCCAGGCUGCCCAAGAUGGACACUGAAGUUCACGGUCAAUUUCCAAAUAGUCAUCACUAUCACGAACAUGAGUGUCUCAGCAUCCAUAUAAAUGAUGAUUCAGGGGCAGGAAAUAUGACCGAAAGUAAGACAGAAAGUAAUGUGAUGGGUCAGAUUUGUAACAAGAACGUGGACGUGAAUGUCACAGAAGGGUCCCUGGACAGUAGCCAACGAUUUGCAGCGAUCAGUACAGAGGUUGGUGACUCCAAUCAGGUUGAGCGUGAGCAUGAAGGACUUGUGGAUAUCUUGGACACAAACUGUACUUUCCCAGAGAAGUAUGCAGAGGAUCAAGGAGAUGCAGACCCUGCUGAAAGUGUGUUAAAGGAGUCUAGGUGCCAGUACUCAUUAGAUGGCGACCCCAUGGGUAAGAGGGUAGUGGUCGUACCACCUAUGCCCCAGAUGGUGGCGCUCCACUUUGGCGUGCACUACAUUACCAGCUCACCCCCCCAGCAGCUGGCCGUUACAGGCAGCAUCCCGGAACUGGGUGACUGGACCAGCUUUGUGCCACUUUGCCCGUCCCCCGAUGGGUCGUGGGUCGACACUGUGGCACUGCCUGCAGACAUACAGGCAGAGUGGAAGUUCGUUCUGGUGGAGGAUGGCAAGAUUCAGCGCUGGGAAGAGUGUGCAAACCGCCGCUUGGAGACUGGCAGUGACAGUGACAUUCUGCUUCACAAAGCAUGGGGCAUCAUCUGAUAAACAGAGGAGGAGGGCAUUAAGGCGGAUAGCUUGUGUGCACCAUUGCAGUAAAUGAAUUUACGAGAAUAUCAAUAAAGGAUAGCACACUUCAAGAUAUUACUAGUUCUGAUAUACAGUCAAGCCUUCCACAUCAUGCUGGAAAAAUCACAAAAAUUUUUGGUCCCCUUGGCAAGUGAAGUGAAAAGAUAUGAGAAACAUGAUACACAAAAAUCACUGCGAGAUAUCACGCAAGAGGCUGCAGUAAACACGCCUGUCAUUCUUUAAGCCAGUACUGUACAUAUGUUUUAUAUAUUUGAGUUACUAAACAUUUUGUGUCUUGUCUGCAGCUUUUUCAAAACUCCCAAAAAAUUCCUAUUUAAUUUCUUAUGCCGAACCUGCGAUAUAUCAAAACUGCAAUGAAAAGCUGCGAUGCAGAAGGGUCGACUGUAUAUCGUGUAGAUGUUGUUCUUUGCCAAUUGCCCUAAAGUUUAAAGCUGUAGUGCUUCUAAUCUAUGCUCAUGUAGCAAUGUUGGCAAACCACAGAUAAUUUUUGUUGCUUGUUACAGAAUUUGCUAUUUAGAAAGUAUUUAGAAAUAAUUUUGGACAGCAUUGCAUCACAG